AUGGCCCUGCUUCUGGGCUUGAAGAGGACUCACUUCCCUUUCUGCUGGCCCUGAUGCCACAACCACUGGAAAAUUAUGUCACCCCCUCUUUGCCCCCACACAGAUGUGGCCCUUCACUGUCUCCACUGUCUCCGGGCUGGAGUGGAAGAGCUGAGUGCAAAGAUGUCCCCUAUUUUGGGGGGGAAAGCCAGACUUUUAGGCCACCUACGCCACUUUAGGAAGACAGAAUGUCUGGAUAAUCAGGCCCCUGUGGCAGCUAUGGUUGGCCUCAAAACUUGCUUUAGAGGGGCUUGUGGGUAGCCACUCACUGUACCGAUGGCAUGAUCCCAAAUCCCAAACAGGGACAGGCACUGGCUUAGGAGAGCCAGAGGAGAGUUGAUUCCAGGAAGAGGUUGUUUUCUUAUUAGAGAGUUACAGCAGAUGCCAUUAACUGGGAACACCUGUUUCUUUGGAAAGUAAAUAGGUCCACCUGCCCCAACCCUGCCAUUGCGUCUCUCUGGGAUUCUGACCUCUGGGAUUCUACUAAGCCCUGGCUGUAGGGUGAGGCUAGGGGGCCUGAUCAUUUACUGGACUGUGGCCUGGCAUUGAUCAACCUGCUCCCUACAUCACUACAGACUGGACACACCGGGGCAGAACACCUACACCCCAGGGCAGUGCCCCGUCUUCAACCCUUCUGCUGGGCACGGGACUGUAAAGGUGAAGAUUCAGGCCUAGAGGAACUCACUGACCCAGGCACCUGCACAUAAGCCAUGGCCAGAGCCCAAUGGAGCCCACUGGGCAGCCCCCAGCUUUUGCUGAUGACUGUUUAGGAGAAGGAAAAGCUGCCUUCCCCUCGCCCCUGGGCUGGGCCACGCAGUCUCUGGGCUCCCCAUCUGGAGCUGCGUAGCCCAGGAAUGGGGAAAGCAAUGCAAUCCUGCCCCUGGAGAGGUUUCUGCACAGCAGACUGGGGCCUUCCCAUGUGGUCAGGCCUGGAUACCCACACCCCUGCUUUCCUCCCAAAAAGGCAAGGUGUCCCUCGGGCAAAUAUCAUCUCUGGGCCCUGGAGAUGAAUUAGUCUCUGGCUGCAGGGGAUGUACAGAGGAAGAGUUGACGUCCUCCCUUUGGGCACUGGGGCAGGUGAAGAACACCUGAGUUCCACCCCUGCUGUGAAUGUAUGGGACAGGGGCAAGGUUCCUUUUCCACCUGUCAUGCCUCAGUUUCACCUUUUGCACAAAGAGAAGGGUCCUUACCCCUUUCCCAGUCCCUUUGCUGACUCAGACUCCAGUCCCCUGCUGAUUCACCCGCCCCCUGCAUCCCCUGAGCAGCCCUCUGGAUCUCCCAGACACGUGCCACCAGGCCCAACCCUGCCGAGCUGGUGCAACGUGACAUGGUGAGGGGGCUGGUGACACUGGAGGAAAGAAGGGGCCCGGGAGGGAGGCAGCUGCAGACAGAGUGACAGACCACAAUGAGGCAUCUCAGGGAGGGAGCACUUUUGCCAGCCUGGGGCCUGCUGGGGGACAGGCCCAGGAGGUGGAACGGGAGGGGAGGGGAGCAGGACGAGCCUAUCUGCCCCCUGCUGCCUGGGCUCCAUCUCCUGUCAGCCUUCAGCUCUCUAAGCGACAGCUUCUAAUUCCGGCUGUUGGUGCCUCUGUGCUCUGCAGCAAAGUCUCAGCUUUUUUUCAGCUUUGCCGUUUCUUUUCUGUUCAGAACAUACUGAGCCCAUAGGGAAGUCAGAGCAAAGGCUCCAGGGCCCAACACUUGGCACCACCGCACUUCCUGCCAUGGGAACCAACUGCUCCUUCUAAAGGGUACCCAGCACAGCACUUUCUGACCCAAGUCUUCCUCCCUGGAACUGUCUCAAUCCACCAUGGGGGAACAGGGCAGAAAUGAAGCUGAGUUGUCUCAGGGAGGAGGGGCUCUUCAGGACCAAGAAAGUGCCCAUUCUGGGUUUAUGCUGCUUCUCUCCUCCCUUUGGGGGGUGCAAAGCUUGGCUUGUCACACAGUUUCCAGAUGUCCUCCCUACCCUGACCUUGGAAAUAGAAGGGAAGAAAGCAAUUUUCCUCACACUGCUGAAAAGAGAAAUUGAGUCAUAAAGGGAAGAAAAGCCUUCUGCUGAGUAAAGAGGGAGAGCAUUCCUGUCCAAUUACCGGGGGUGGACAAUCUCUGCCCAUUCCUGGGGCCACCCCAGAAGGGGGCCCUAGCUCUGGGGGUGGGAGCAGCUUUGAGGACUGCACUCGAAAUAACUGUGCAGCUCUAGAACAAAACAAAAGAAAACAAAACAAAAAAAUGAAAUAACUGUGCAACUCUUUCCCUGACACUCUGACUUGAUCCUGUGUGAAGCAGGCAGGGCUGGUAUUUAGCAGCCUCAUUUUGCAGAUGAGAAUAUGCAGGCUGGGGGCCAAACUGCUAGAACGCCUUCAAGAUGGGACUUAACUCUGAGGUCUGAUCUGUGGCCUAUGACACCAGGGAAGAAAAUUGGCAGAGCCCUGACCAAGGGCUUUGCGGUGGGUGCAGUUACACAUCACAUGUGCCUCACAUGACAGAGGGGAGUGGGAGCCUCUGCUCCAGGUCCUGGGCGCCAAAUUCAAGGUAGACAUCCCUGGAGCCUGGGAACUGGAGAGAGGCAAGGGGCUCAGGGUGCAGGGCCAUGAGCCCACUUUACCACGCCCAUCUGUGCCCAGUACCUUUUCCCAGGCAUCUCCUACUGCAAAGCAUCUGCCCAGGCCGAGAACACCAUUACUCUUCCUUUAUUUUCUAUCUCUGAUAGGAAGGGACCCCUUAUAGGAGCCCUCAACAGCAUCCCCUGAAGGUUUAUCCUGCUUCCAAGCCUUUGCCUCCAGAACCCGUCUGAAAUUCCUUCCUUCUUUCUUCAGCAGCCAGACCCCGCACAUCCUUGAAGUCCUAUCUUUAAAAGGCUCCUGAGCCCUCUCCUCCCCACAACUCCAUCUUUUCAUCAAAGGACUGUGUUGGUCUGAAUUUAGCAGAUGUAUUCACCCCUCAGGUGACAGCCUCCACUUUUUAUGUCCCAGUGUUGUCGUCUUAGGAGGGGGAGUGUCUUCUAUCUAGAAUCGAGUUUAUGCCUCUCUCUUUCCUGCUGCCGGCAACAAAAGGCUCAUGAAAAGUCUCAGUAAAUUCUGCAGCUGAUACCUGCUUCACUCCUUACUUUACAAAUAUCCAUUCCAACCCUACUCACUCCCUCCCCACCACCCACACCCAGGCCUGUGUAUCAUCUCCCCCUCCUCCAGGAGCGAGUGGGGCCUGCUGGCAGGAGGGAGAGGAGAUGCGGUGGUUCCUCCGCAUCUUAUGGAAAAUGGAACUCGAGCUCGCCUCCUCUCCUUAGGGGUCUGCCAGUGGUCAGGGCCAGAACCCUGUGGCCUGGGGGUGGCUUUGUGCUCAAGGGAGAAGCAAGGGGCAGGGAGCUUGCGUGGAUCCCUAGGUCUUUCCAGGGUGGCAGGGCCAGGGAACUCCUAACAUGCCCGCGGCAUUCCCGGGUCCUAAGGUGCCCCUUUCUGGUCUCGGUGUCUGCACUCUGCCCGCUCAGCAGCCGCCGGGAGCUGGCAAGCGGGCGCGUUGUUGGGGUUGGAGACGUCUGAGACUGGAGGGCGCACUCGGCCCCCACCCCUCGCUCCGAGGGAACGUGUGGGGAGGAACAAUUGUGCGUGAGUGCGUGAUUCGCUGCACUUCGAGUGGCAGUUACCAGCCAGGCUGAGCGCCCCCAACCCGCGGCACGUAUACCCCCUCCCCCAAAUUACUCCUCAACCGCCUUUUGCUGCCACCCCUAGCUCGCACGUGGUCCUGUUCUGCGCUCAUGCGGUCCCACUUCCUUUCACCCUGGACCGCUGUGGGCAGCUCUCAGUCUUCUCCUACGAGCCCGAGGUCCCGCCAGUUUCUAAGUAGCAGAGGGCAACGACUCGGAUGGGGGCGGAGGGCGGGGAGAGAAGACUGCGACUUUGGGAUUGGAUUGGCCGGGUCGGGUGCAUGUGGCCCCCUGCGAGCAGCCCCCGCCCCCGCCCCGCAACCGCCGCCGCAUUCCCAGGGGAGCGCGGAGGAGGAGCCGCUCCCCGACUUCGUGGCCCACGAAGGUGUGGGGGUCAGGGGUGGUCUCCCCCGCCCCGUCCGUCUCUGCCCUGACGGUGCAGCCCGCUUCUAGGGCAGCCAUUGCCAUGGAGACCCCUGAGACUAUAAAGCCAGGUAUCUAGGCGGGCGGCGGCUCCCUCGCCGCUGAGCCCCCCAAGGAAGGAGCAAGCGCCCCGGCGUGGCCCGGCCCCCGCGAGAGGGGAGGAGGCGGAGGAACGGCGCCAGCAGCUUGAGAAGCGGCGCGCCCCUCCAGGGCUGGAGGCAGGCGUGCACCGCGGGCGCCACCGUUGCUGCGGGGGAGCGGGGGCUGCCCUGGGUGCGGGUGAGUGGCUCGGCUCCAAACCACGAGGACUGAGGGGCGCCGGACACGGGGAAAGCGGCGGGAGACUCGGGAGAGGGUCGAGCCUCGGCUCCCGACGUCUGGUGGCGGGCCAGGAGUGGAGCCCGGAGUAGCGAGCAAUCAACACCUCCAGGCGGCAGCCCCGGGGAAGCAGCAGCGAGACGCCAGGCGUGCGGCCCAGGAGCGGCGGGGCCGCCGGAACCUCCCGGCGACCGGAGUAGGAACCUCGGGACCCUCGGCUGCAGCCGCCCACGCGCGGAGGGAGAGGUACAGGAGCGCGGGCGGAGGCCGGAGCCCCACGGGGCGCGAGAACAGGGGCGCCCCCGUGCGGAGCUGCCAGGCUGCCCGGGCGCGGCGGCCGGGGCCAUGCUCAAGCCCAAGGACUUGUGCCCCCGAGCGGGGACGCGCACCUUCCUGGAGGCCAUGCAAGCGGGCAAAGUGCACUUGGCCCGCUUCGUGUUGGAUGCGCUGGACCGCAGCAUCAUCGACUGCCGCGCGGAGCAGGGCCGCACGCCGCUCAUGGUGGCCGUGGGGCUGCCGGACCCCGCGCUGCGCGCGCGCUUCGUGCGGCUGCUGCUCGAGCAGGGUGCGGCAGUGAACCUGCGGGACGAGCGUGGCCGUACCGCACUCAGCCUGGCGUGCGAGCGAGGCCACCUGGACGCCGUGCAGCUGCUGGUUCAGUUCAGCGGUGACCCCGAGGCGGCCGACUCGGCGGGCAACAGCCCCGUGAUGUGGGCGGCGGCCUGCGGCCACGGGGCGGUGCUCGAGUUCCUGGUACGCUCCUUCCGCCGCCUGGGCCUGCGCCUCGACCGCACCAACCGUGCGGGGCUCACCGCGCUGCAGCUAGCUGCCUCCCGCGGCCACGGGACCUGUGUGCAGGCCCUCACGGGGCCCUGGGGCCGCGCCGCCGCCGCCGCCGCGGCCCGGGGCUCCAACUCCGACAGUCCCCCUGGCCGCCCGGCCCCUGCGCCCAGCCCCGAGCGUCGACGACCCAGCCCCCGCCGCCUACCGCGGCCUCUACUGGCGCGCUUUGCGCGAGCGGCGGGUGGCCACGGGCACGGCGGCGAGGCUGGCUCAGCGGUCAAGAAUUCCGGCCGACACCGGGCGCAGGGCAGUGAACGACCUGAGCUGGGUCGGAGCAUGAGCCUAGCGCUGGGUGCGGUGACCGAGGAGGAGGCGGCCCGCCUGCGCGCUGGGGCCCUGAUGGCCCGACCAAACUCGCCCCAGUCUUCGGGGACUGGGCGGUGGCGCUCACAGGAGGUGCUGGAGGGAGUGCCCCCAACCUUAGUGCAAGCCCCCAUUGGUCUCAGCCCCCACCCGGAGGGCGGCCCCGGCUCUGGCCGCCUGGGUUUGCGCCGACGCUCUACAGCCCCAGAUAUCCCCAGCCUGGUCGGGGAGGCUCCAGGGCCCGAGAGUGGCUCAGAGAUAGAGGCCAACGCUCUGCCUGUCUCGGUGCCUGGACCGAAUCCAUGGCAGGCGGGCACCGAGGCUGUGGCGCUGCACGCUCAGCGGUAAGCCGCUCCGAGCACCAGGCCUGCUCCUCUCACCCUCCCGUCUGUACUCCACUGGUAUUUCUCCACUCUAGGUCCUUCACCUUUUCGGCAGCCGCCCCACUUCCCUGCAGCCCAUUUUGGAACCUGGUCUCCCUGCCAAGGCGAGACCUUCACCAGCCCUCCACCGGAAAUAAGCGACCUCCAUCUUCUUUUUUGUGCUCCUCGGUAUUCCCUGCCUGGGUCUAGAGGUUUUGAUGACUGGUUCCAUAGCCUACCAGCCAGGAAGGUGGAUACCCUUCCCCAGCCCUCAGCCACCUGCUGCUCCUUUCCCCCCACCCUCCCCUCGCUGGGUUUCCCAACAUCCUGCCAGCGGCCAGCGAGGCAAAUAGACGGGUCCAACUUGAAGAAUAAAGACCCAGCCUCCCCACUCUAACUAGUGAUGUUGACAAUAAUGCCACAAACUACCAAAGUUCCCUUUCCCUCAAAGUGUGAGAGGAGGAAAGGACCGAGGGGGCCCUAGAGUUUUUGUGUACUGGAGAGCUGAGGAGGACAGAGUCUAGCUAUUAGGUUUUUCUAGGGUAGAAACUUCGAGACAAUGAAAGUAUGUUUGGGGAGUGGGAGAGUCCCUAGUGUUGAACACCAUUUGUCCCUUGAAUCAGCUCCUGGGUAACUCCAGCUCCCUCUGUCUCUGCCCAGGAUUCAGCACACAAUCCCUACCUAGGUCCGCUCCGGGCUCCUGAGCCAGUCUGCUCUUCAGCUUGGAUUCAUUUGAAUUCCAUCAUCAAGGUUCAACACCUCACCUCUGGAGGCCCAAGUCCUAUUUCCGCUCACAGAGGCCUGAAAUGCAAAGGACUGAGCGCUUCCCCGCCUCCACGCCUCCAGCUCCCCUGUCCCGCACGUGGGUGCCCCCGCGGGGUGGAACAGUUGCGAAGGCUGUGCUUAAUUGUAUUUCUUCCAAUCCUCAAGGAACUCGUGUUUUAAGGCUUUGUAUAGGAAGCAGGAAGCAGCGGGUCUGAUUCUGAGGCUUAAGAGCCUGACAAUAUCUCUUUAAAUAGAAGCUCCGCGAGGGGGAUAA